AGCAAUGAUUCUUAUUUCAUUAUCUGAACAAAAAAAUGUUGUAAAGUCGGUUCAACUUUAUUACUUUAACAGCCCUCCUCUUCAUGGAACCAAAGUUUGGUAUUCCUCCCUCUUCUUCCUGCUCUUAAACUCACCUUGUAACUGGGUGGAUCCUGCAUCUGCUGAAGCUAAAAGCUGAUUGGCUGCAGCCUCUCUGCUCUGACAUAUGAUUCAUAGAUCAGAGCUCAAACUGGUUUAUGUUAUCAGGAAAUGAAACUAACAGAGUCACUCUGACCAAGAGCAGAAAUGGAGCAGAAUCAGCUGGACAGAGAAACUUUCUCCUGUUCCAUCUGCCUGAAUCUACUGAAGGAUCCGGUGACGAUUCCCUGUGGACACAGCUACUGUCGGAACUGUAUUACAAGCUUCUGGGAUGAAGGUGAGAGGAAGAAAAGUUACCACUGUCCUCAGUGCAGGAAAACCUUCACACCAAGGCCUGAACUACAGAAGAACAUCAUGUUAGCAGCUUUAGUGGAGCAGCUGAACAAGACUGGACUCCAAGCUGCUGCUGAUCGCCGCUAUGCUGGACCUGAAGAUGUGGCCUGUGAUGUCUGCAGUGGAAGAAAACUGAAAGCCAUCAAGUCCUGUUUAGUCUGUCUGGCUUCUUACUGUGAGAAACACCUUCAACCUCAUUAUGAUUCAGCUCCUUUCAGGAAACACAAGCUGGUGGAGCCGUCCAAGAACCUCCAGGAGAACAUCUGCUCUAAGCAUGAUGAGGUGAUGAAGAUUUUCUGCCGCACUGAUCAGAAGUGUAUCUGUAGCCUGUGUUUAGUAGCUGAACAUAAAGGCCAUGACACAGUGUCAGCUGCAGCAGAAAGAACUGACAGGCAGAGAGAGCUGGAGGAGAGACGAGGAAAAAUCCAGCAGAUGAUCCAGAACCAGGAGAAAGAUGUGAAGCUGCUUCAACAGGAGGUGGAGGCCAUCAAUCACUCUGCUGAGAAAACAGUGGAGGACAGCGAGAAGGUCUUCACCCAGCUGAUCCGUCUCCUCCAGAAAAGAAGCUCGGAGGUGAAGCAGCAGAUCAGAUCCCAGCAGGAAACUGAAGUGAGUCGAGUCAAAGAGCUUCAGGAGAAGCUGGAGCAGGAGAUCACUGAGCUGAGGAGGAAAGAUGCUGAGCUGGAGCAGCUCUCACACACAGAGGAUCACAACCAGUUUCUCCUCAACUACCCCUCACUGCCAGCACUCAGGGAGUCGACACACUCAUCCAGCAUCAACAUCCGUCCUCUGAGACACUUUGAGGACGUGACAGCAGCUGUGUCAGAGCUCAGAGAGAAACUACAGGACGUCCUGAGAGACUCAUGGACAAACAUCUCACUGAUGGUCACUGAGGUGGAUGUUCUACUGUCAGAACCAGAACCAAAGAGCAGAGCUGGAUUCUUAAGAUGUUCAUGUGAAAUCACCUUGGAUCCAAACACAGCACACCCACAGCUGGUACUAUCAGAGGGGAACAAGAAGGCAAUAGUGACGGCUCAACAUCAGUCUUAUUCUAGUCAUCCAGACAGAUUCACUUAUUUUGCUCAGGUUGUGAGUAGAGAGAGUCUGACUGGACGUUGCUACUGGGAAGUGGAGUGGAGCAGGGCAUGGAUUCAUGUAGCAGUAGCAUACAAGAAUAUCAGCAGAGCAGGAUGUGGAAAAGUAUGUAGAUUUGGAGAUAAUGACAAAUCUUGGGCUUUAUUAUGUUACCAAAACAGUUUUAAAUUUGGUCACAACGACAUCUGGACCUCCAUCUCAGGUCCAGUUUUCUCCAGACUAGGAGUGUACCUGGAUCACACAUCAGGUAUUCUGUCCUUCUACAGCGUCUCUGAAACUAUGACUCUCCUCCACAGAGUUCAGACCACAUUCACUCAGCCGCUACUGGCCGGAGUUGGGAUUUGGGAGAUUGGAUCCUCUGCAAAGUUCCAUAAACCUAACUAGAUUUGCUCUCUUCUCUUAUUAUUGACCAAGGAUAAUUGCUCUGAUGUAUCUGAUCUUUUGUUCUUCUAUAUUUUUCUGGUUUAAACGUAGUUCUAUGUGUCUUCAUUAUAUCAAUUUUUUUCCCCUUAUCCGGGGUCAGGUCAGCUGCAAAGCGCUCCAGUGAGUGCUGUAGAUCAUGACAUGAUGAAGCCAAUAGAACCACAUCAUCUGCAAAAAGCAGAGAUGUGAUCCAAUGAUUUUCAUCUUUAGAUAUUUGGUUCAUGCUUUUGUUUUGAUUUAGUUCAAGGUUUAUAUUAAAAAUAUUAAAAGUCACAAUAACUAUUUAAAGUUUCAUGUUUUCUUGAAGAUGUGAUAUGGGAAGAAUAAUUGCAGAGAAUAAACUCUGAUUGCAAAUGAGGAGACAAAGGUUAGAUGUUCAGCUCUGCUCUGCUUUCUGCAGGCCGUAAAAUUUUGAAAGCCCUCAUGCUCUUUCCUGCUCCAAAACAGCACAGCUUAAGUCAAGAGAACUUUACCCAAUUUGACUCACCUUAUCCCAGUGUCCCCUAACUCAUUCGAUAACUUGUUCACUUGGUUUUUAAACCACUUUACAAAAUCAACUGUUCCUCCUCUUUGAUCUUUAGACCUUUGAGUCCUCAGAUUCAUGGGCGUACAUCCCCUCAGGACCGUUAUGUAGAUGGAGACCCAAGAUUCGGUUCAGGUCACUCUCAUCAAAACCUUCAGACUUUACGUCAUCUGUACUUCAGCUUUGAAGAUUGUAUGUUCCUAAGUUUUGUAUGUCUCACAGUAGUUUAAAAAUAAUCCUGACUGACUCAGUAAAGUAUAUAGAUACUGAUUGUGGCAGACUGGCCAUUGGAAGCUUGCAAGUGUGGAAACUUCAGUUUUGAGGCGGAACUUAGUGAAAAUAGGCGGAGUUUUGCGAGAGUAAGUGUUUAGGUACCCCAGAAUGGUUGCCACAGGAGAUUUAAGGAUUCCUCAAACAUCCAUGAAAGAUUCAAAGCAACACUCCAGGUAUGGUUUUUAUGGGGGAAUAACAUCAUAAAAUGCAUCAUACCGUGUCAGUAAGAAUUAAUAAUUUCUACAGGUAACCACAGGCUCUACAUGUUAUUUUACCUUUUAUGUGUAUUAGUAUAAAACUGCAAGAUAAUUCCACAAUGUAUUCUUCUUCGAUUGAGAACAUGCAGUAAUUAUCCAUAUAGGGCUCUUUUUAUUGCUGAAUGUGAUUUUU